UCUGAGGUUUUGACUUUUUUUUUCAUAAAUAUUGCCGUAAUUCGAGAUUCAGUGAAUUUUCAAUUGCAUUUGACGCUAUUUCAGUGCGAUAAAGUUUCACGUGGUGCCAGCGACGAAUCUUCAGUGAAGGAUACGCGAAAAAUCCACGGAAAAAGACGCAAAAAGACGCUUCCAGUAAAUGGAUCGCAAUUCGUUAGUGUCGGAAAAAUAAGCGAAAAAAAUAAAAAUAAAAUAAAAACAACAGAAAAAGACAUUUUAGCGCAAAAUGGCACGUCACUUGGUGGCAGUUUGCGUCGUUUGUCUCCUGUGCACCGAGCAUUUUCCGUGCAAGGGACACAUCGAGGGCAACGAAAAUCUCAAAGAAAACCUCAUCAAAUACAGCAAAGACAGUCGCAUGGAGUACGAGGAGGCGCACAUUGGGAAUGUCGUGAAUGUCGAUAGCGAAAGGAUUUCCGAAGGUCGAAGUAACUUACAUAAAAAUAAAAUUCAGAGAGAAACUGUUAGACUGAAACGUCAUACCCACCAUCAUCAUCACGAAGCUAAAAGUGAUAGUAGAGAAGACAAUUUGAGUAUUGCUAGUAGUUCCAAAAAGUACUUAGGGAAGAUUUUUACGCGUUUUGGCGGCAACGACGACACAAUGACACUGGCGAACUUUAACGAGUUACUGACCAAAUUAGAACUUAAGAAAUUAGUGACGGAGCCAAAGGAUCUUAAAAAGGGGAAAAUUAUGGAUUCGGAAACGUGUCUAACUAGUCUCGAUCUUGUUCAGAGAAUCUCUGGCAAAUCGCAAAAUCCAGAUGUACAUGCUGAACCAAUUGCCGAAAGUAGGAUAGAUCAUCAUCAUCACGAUCAUGAGCACGAUCACGAGCACGAAACGCAUCACAAUGAAGAGCAUCAGCAUCACGCCAAUGCAUCAGAUUCCAAGUCAAUUGACAUCGAUUUCAGCACAAUGUGGGACAUGUGCCCUAUUUUGAUGUAUCACGUCAUUUCGGGCGACGCCACAGAACGCAGUGGCUGCAUUACGGGCAGCGAUUUGCCGUUACAUGAUGAAAUUACGAAAUUUAUUGCCACAAAUCACGAUGCGGAUGAGCUACAAGACAAGACUGCGGUGUGGAUUUACGCUACUGUCGCAAUUUUGGGCGUGAGUUUGUGUGGGUUGUUGGGAGUUGCGGUAAUUCCGUGCAUGGACAAGCACAUUUAUCAUCAUGCGUUGCAAUUUUUCGUCGCGCUUGCCGUUGGAACGUUGUGCGGAGACGCAUUGUUGCAUCUGAUGCCUCAUUCGAUGAUUGGGCAUCCGGGCGGCGAAGCAGCUCAUGAAUACAUGACAUACAAGGGCUUGGCAGCUGUUGGCGGCAUCGUUUUCUUCUACUUUGUCGAACGAGCGCUCACAAUAAUUGCCAGUCGAUGGGCCAAACACCAAAAAAAGGAGAAACUUCCGUCGCGCGUUCGCGUAAUUCGCGAUCCCGAAGCAAUCGUCGAUCAGCCAAAUAGCGGACCCAGUGAUAAGCAAUGCAAACACAAAUACAGCUCGUACCCGUAUUGCUACAACGAGAUAGCGAUGGAGACCAAAGACGAUCAUCACGAGCAUCCGGUGUGCAUCAACAACAGCGCCGCCGCCAAACACAACCAAACGACAGCGAUUGACGGAAAAUUGUGUCCCAAGCACGGCGAUCCGCAUGCCGCCGAUCUCGAAAUUCAUCAAAAUGACUCGGAGCAAAAAUUGUUGGAUGGCAACUACACAAUUUCCGAUAAUUACAAAAAUAUGUGCAACUCUUUUGCGCGGGAUCCUUUUGACUCGAUCGAAAAUACGACAGUGACGAGUGUCGAGAAUUCCUCCGUUGAAGGAGGCGCCACGGAAAAGACAAAAGUAGCUGCGGGUAAAAAUGUCUCGUUAUUGCCCGAGGAAAAUUACACAAUUAUUCUUCGCGAGCACGAACGGAAGCAUCACGGGCAUUCGCAUACGCACGGGCACGUUCAUUCGCCCCCCGAUUCGCUUUCUGCCGUCGCUUGGAUGGUCAUUAUGGGCGAUGGGUUGCACAAUUUCACAGAUGGCAUGGCAAUUGGCGCAGCUUUUUCCAAUAAUAUCGCGGGAGGAUUUUCGACAGCAAUUGCGGUGUUUUGUCACGAGUUGCCACACGAGUUGGGAGACUUUGCGGUGCUACUGAAAGCCGGCAUGAGUGCCAAACAAGCGGUUUUUUACAAUAUUCUCUCGUCAAUUCUCAGUUUCUUCGGGAUGGUCGUUGGAAUUAUUGUUGGAGACACACCUGAAGCAUCUGCAUGGAUUUUUGCUGUUGCAGCCGGCAUGUUUUUGUACAUUGCCUUAGUAGACAUGAUUCCCGAACUUACUUCCUCCCACACCGGCGACAAAGAAGAGAGAUGCCAACUUUCAGAAUUGAUUUUGCAAUUUUUAGGAAUGGCAAUGGGCUUCGGCAUCAUGCUGUUAAUUUCAAUUUACGAACACGAUCUCAAGGACAUGUUUUCAUCUGACGACAGUCAUUCACAUGAACACCAUCAACCCCAAAUCUAACUUAGCAACAUAAUUUUUUUUUAUACGAGAAAAAAAAAAUACGCGAGACUUGUGUUGAAACUUAGUUUUUUUUUAUAAAUUGCUUAAAAAAUAGAAUUAGGGACUUGUUUUGCGAACGAGAAACCUCAUUUGUUACAUUUUGACACAGACUUCCGAUUAUUUUCUCUUUUUUAUGUAGUUUUAGAUGUGAUUAAAUUUUAUUACAGCAGUUUUUUUAUUGUUUACGAAUCAAAUGUAACGUAGAGGCAUUUGUAGAAAUUGCUACAUAAAUAAAACUAGAUUUUAAGGAUAAAAAUUGCUGCUCAUGAAAAGAAAACUAUUUUAUUAUCGCUAAACUUUCAAGAUCUACUGCUUUCUUCGACACUGUACGACUUAAUCAUGAAACACCUUAAAUCGAUGUCUUUUGAUGUUAAUAAAAAUAGUUAAAAAUUAAAUAUUAGUGGUUACAAUAAAUUCUAAUUUCAUGUACUUUUAUGAUGAUACAAAUAUAUUUUUACAAUGCUAUUUCAUAAAUUUCAUGUAACUUUAAUAUGUAACUUUAAUAAUCGAGACAUCGAAAAGUACUUUCAGCUUUCGUUUGAGCGCUCAUGAUGAUACAGUAUUUCAAAAUAAAUAAAAAUAAAUGAAAAACAAUGAA